AUGCCCCCAAAAGGAAGUGCCGUCAAAGACCAUCAUAAACCUCCGGACGUGGCGGCGGCUGUUUCUGUGUCGGACGCGUAUGAGUCGCUUCUGCGCCGUUUGCCCCGCCCUGUGUUGUACGGCGCGAUCCAGUUGACGUCGCCGGAGGCCAUUCUCGCGCUGGUGCCACCGGAGAUGGUGGCCGGCAAAGUGGUCCAGUCAAAGUUCCAUGUGACUACAAUAUUCCUCCAUAACGGCGUCUGCCCCGACAAGGCCAUGAUGGUGCGCCUGGGAGAGCUGCUCGGCACGUCCAUCCAACUGACGCUCACACAAGUCGUGUCAGACCCGAAGGGAACAGCCAUUGUUGUGCGCAACGAGGGGGAAUUCCCCUGCGCCAAUGCCCGCCCGCACAUCACCGUUGCGAACGCAAGGGGCGUCCCGGCCAAGUACAGCAACGAGCUGCUGAAUGCUUCCCACGCAAAAGACCGUAACCGCAGCGUCGUGAAUUUGCCCGCCGGUACCUGUGUGACUGGAGAGUUUGCUUUUGUGUUCAAAUGA